CCCAAGUCCAUAAUUAAUUCAAAUUCAAAAGGGCAAUUCCUGCUCUGCGAUCAGAUCAGAUCAUGCUAGGGCAGCGACUGUGAACUGUGAAGACGAUCUGCUUUUCUUCAUUCCUAAUCAUUUCAUUUGUAUUUCUUCAUCAGCAAUUUAGAAAAUGGGGUUGUCUUUCACCAAGCUUUUCAGUCGACUGUUUGCGAAGAAGGAGAUGCGGAUCCUUAUGGUAGGUCUUGAUGCUGCUGGUAAGACAACUAUAUUGUACAAACUCAAGCUGGGAGAAAUAGUCACAACUAUUCCUACAAUUGGAUUCAAUGUCGAGACAGUUGAAUAUAAGAACAUUAGCUUCACUGUUUGGGAUGUUGGGGGUCAAGACAAGAUCCGACCGUUGUGGAGACAUUACUUUCAGAAUACUCAAGGUCUAAUCUUUGUGGUUGAUAGUAAUGAUCGAGAUCGUGUUGUUGAGGCUAGGGAUGAGCUGCAUAGGAUGUUAAACGAGGACGAACUGAGGGAUGCCGUGUUGCUUGUUUUUGCUAACAAACAAGAUCUUCCAAAUGCUAUGAAUGCUGCUGAGAUAACUGACAAGCUAGGACUUCACUCUCUCCGGCAACGCCAUUGGUACAUCCAGAGUACAUGUGCCACCUCCGGGGAAGGGCUGUACGAGGGGCUGGACUGGCUCUCGAACAACAUUGCUAACAAGGUUUUUAUCUCUGCCAUUGACCUCAACUUAAUUACGUAUUUCCUAAUAACUGUUAUUGCAUGUUCUUGAUUUGUUUUCUUUUCGUGACCAACAGGCUUGAGAAGAAAAGAUGCUGGAGAUUUUUGGUGACUGAAAGAAGAUUUAGAUUUUCAUUAUCAUCUCAUCUGAGCCUCGGAUGAUCACUUCUUUCGGUCUCGUAUUAUGUAUAUUGAUACUCAUUUAUGUAGUUUCUGCAACUAUGCUAUGUCAAGACAUUUCUCCUUUUUUCAGGUUACUUAUCGAAAUCUCGAGUAAUUGUCGACAA